UAUUAUUUUCUACCGUGAAACACUACAAUUCUUUAUUGCUUUAAUAAUAUAACAGUUGUCUUGUGAGAUAGUCUAUUAUAUGUGUGUUCAAAAAUGAAAAUGUUCUACGUGUCACUGUGUUCCAUUUUUUUUGCAAUCGUCCAUGUUCAGAGUUGGAAGUAUGGUGAAAUAAGAUCCGCCAAUGAUAUUAAUCGUGAAUUUAUUCGAAAAAUUGUCAACGUGGAAGAAGUGGAAAAUUGGGCUCCCAUAAUUAAACAAACUAUUAUUUAUAACGACAUUUAUAAACCAGCUCUGUCUUUGAUCUCGAAGGAAGACCAAUUGACCAAAACUAUAAAUGUACUCGAUUUACUUCAGACCUAUGUAAAAGGUGAGGAAACGAAAGAAACAGUAGAUAUAAAUGUGAUUCGUGACCUAAUUACGGUCUGCUAUGAAUGUACGUGUUUAAAGAGUUUAAGUCUGUUUGCGUUAUUAGUGAGUGAAGAUUUAAAAAAAUUAAAAAAAUACCACGAAACAAUAAAAAAAGAUGAAACAAUCAACGAUAAAAAAGUUGACGAAAAACAAGAUGUGUUAAAAGAUGAAACAAACCACGAAAAAAAAGUUGACGAAAAACAAGAUGUUUUAAAAGAUGAAAGCACUACUCAUACCUGCAUGGAUAAACAUUCUCAGGGAGCUGGAUGGACUAGUCCUUAUGACCCGUACAAUUGUAAUACAGAUGAGAAACUCUUAAAAAAUUACAGAUCUCCGUUGUAUAAAUACCAGCUUCGCAGUGUAAUGGAUCGUUUUGAAAUACGAGGUAAUGAUAAUGAGAAAUGUUCUCCAGGAGUACCGCCUCAAGUUAUUUUUUCUCAUAACAUUUUGCAAAUGGAGAAUACGUUCAUCGCAAUGAUACGCAAACUGGCUGCACUUGACAUGAAAUAUAAUCUUCCACUAGAAAUUUUCAGAGUGAUCUAUGGUCAACGCGCUGACGACGUAACAGACGAUAACUACAUAAAUGGUGUCUUAAGUGUUCUAGAGGAAACGAUUAAAAUUGCAGAUGACUUAUUAACAAAAAAAUGCGUUGACCACCAAGGCAGUUUAGUAAAGAAGUACGACGUGUUUCUUGACGAUGGAGAAGGAAAGGAAAUUAAGCAAUUUAUAACUGCGUUAGACCAAGAUUCGAAUAUGGAAUAUAAUUCACGACUUUUUGAAAAUUUUGUCGUAUUUGCGGAAAAAGCUAUUAAAGAAACAAAUAGUGUUGCACUAUCUGAUAAACUUGAAGUGCCCACGGAUCUCGCACUGCUUGACAAAUGUUCCAGUAUGAAAGUUACAAUUGACCAAGGUGAUCUUGAGUUGGUUUUGAAUAAUCCUUUUUUCGAACUAUCGUCACAAAACAAAUACCUCGAAGGCAGAUCUCCAUUAUAUAAUUACAAAUUAUUAGAUAGUACGUUUGAAGACAAUAAUUGGAAGUCAAAAAAUUCUACUUCAGAUUAUUCUGAUUAUGAGUUCAGAAUCCAAAGUGUUGGAGACGAUGUAGAAUUCGACAAGCGGUUUGCUAAUGAUUUCAGUGACGGUAUUGAAGAUGAAGAGAACGAUAGUAAAGAUGAAGAGGACGAGACGAAGAAGAAUAUAAUGACUUUCUCAAAAAAUUUAAAAAAUAUCAACAUGAGGGUAAAACAUUCGACAGUUUAGCCAAAUUUGAUGUACCUAUAAGUAAUGAUGAAACCAAUAAAAUGGAAACCGAGAAAAAGAGAAUUUCUGGUAAAGAGGUAUUGAAAAGUGAUGAUAGCCCGUAAUAAAGCCGAAAGAAAAUUAUUAAAUAACAAUUGAUAAUAAAAUGAUUAAUUUUGGUUUUAUUCAAUUUAAAAAGUUUUAUACAAUAUGUAUAUUUAUUUUCAUAGAAAACUGAUGAAUAUAAUUGUAUGGUUUCGAUUUAGAUACAUAUCAUUUAAAAGUAAGCAGUUUCAUUUGUGCUCCAAUAGUUUUUACACUUUUUUGAGUUAAAAUCAUAUUUAAUAUCUUUGAUAAUAUAAUCUUUUCCGCUGAAUAA